CUAACCCUGGUGCACCCUCUAUCAAAUCAAAUAUAAAGGAAUAUAUACAAUUGUAGAGAAAAUAUAUGGAAAAAUUGAGGUAAAUAUUAGUAACUUUUGGUUUUACCAUGGUGCACGUCCACCAGGAAAAGCCAACAAGGCUUUGCCCAGUGUUUUGGGUGACCCACUGGUUCGUCAUCAUUGCCGAGCUUGUCACCAAAGGUCUUGUCAAAACACCAUGUCAAAGAAGAGUAGAAAAUGUCCCACAUUGGCCAGCGGCCACACAACUCGGUCCUAGCCUCCGAGACCACACCUUAAGGGAGGACACGCCGCCGCCCGCCCGCCUAGCAAACCUAAGCAGAGCUUGCCUUCGGAGACUCCAAAAUACUGAAGGGAGAGGUACCACAAGAACUUCCAAAGAAGAAAUAACGACAUCCCACACGUAGCAUUAUGAAAGGAUCUUUCCAUAGAUCAACAUUUUACAAGUGCAUAAAAGGGUGUACCUAGUGCUGAAAGCUCCCACACAAGAUGGUGGUGUCUAUGUUGAUGCAUGGAAAUAUAUGUUAUGCUUUUUAUUUGGGAUUUUGCCGCACAACAACUGUAUUUUCAUAUGAAUAAUGGCAUCAGCUUGAUAGUUUCCAAAUGGAGCAUCCUAGUGCAUGCAAAGACAAACGACAGUCCUAAUAUCCUUCCGCAAUCCAACUUGAUCUUUAAUCAUUUCUUUCUCAGUAAUACAUUUCAUUUCUAACCGGCUCUCUUUAAGCCUGAUCCUUAAAUGUUCUAGGCUUAAUUUUUUGGUACCCGGAUGUCGGAUGUGGAUGGUCACGGGUCGAAGCAGUCAAUUACGUGUGCCACACCAUCAAAACAGCCAAGCAAUCCUAGUUAGGGUGUUAAAUAUCUGGUUUGGACAAACUAAAGGUGCAUGAUUUUGUUACUGUUAGUUUAGGGUGAUGAAAUUUGAAAUUCAAUCAAAGUUUAAAACGUGUUUGGGGUGUACCCUUAAACAAAUUGUCUAUCUAGUAUCUACCAAGAAGUACCACUAACAUAUAUAACAUGGGAGGAAUGUUUUUCGAUACUUAGUCAUUCUACGUUAUAACUUGAGUAAAAUGCACCAGAGGUCCACCAACUUGUAAGGGUGAGUCAUUUAGGCUGACAAACUCCAAAAGUACAUUUUUAGGUCCAUUAACUUGUAAUUUGUGUCACUUUAGGUCCAUAAACUUUGAAACAUAGGUCCAUAAACUCUGAAAGUGUAUUUUUGAUCCAUAAACUAAUAAUUUGUGUUACUUAGGUCCAUAAGCUCAAAUUUGACCUUUCUGGCGCCAUGUAGAAUAUAAUAUGUCAUACCACAGCAUACAUGUUGUUAAGUCCCUGCGUAACCUCCUCCACCCUUUUCAAGUUAUUACCCCCUCCUCUCCACCCAUAUUACAAGAUCAUAUCUAGAUCUAAACUCCAGAACUCACAAUGUCAGUACGUAAGUCCCAUUCUGAAUCCUAAUAUAUACAUGACAACAACAUCCAAGAUAAGUCUUUCAUCCCCCGUCUCUCCUCUCCCAAUGCACUUGAUUCAAAAUUGGGCCUCAAAUUUGACCCUUCUGGCAAAACUCCAGUAGCGUGCUGGCACCGUGUAAAUUCAUGUUGGUGCGAUAUCAGUGCAUGAAUGCUAGGUGGAGGAGUGUGGACGGUGGCACAAAUUACAAGUUUAUGGACCUAGAAAUGGACUUUCAGAAUUUGUGGACCUAAGUGACACAAAUUAUAAGUUUAUAGAUCCAGAAAUGCAAUUUCAAAGUUGAUGUAUCUAAAUAACGCUCUCUUAGCGCAACUCCGGCAUAAUUCCUAUUUAGGUCCCUAGUUUUAAAGUAGGGGCUGAGAGAGAAAACAUCAACUCCAGCAGAGCCUCUACUGGAGCCCCUAAACUAGGGAGGCCCCUAAAAUCAGCCUCACAGCCCCUUCUCCCUCGGGCCGUUGGGGAGGCCCCUACUCCCUAUUUUUUUCCGUCCACUUCCCCUUCCCCACCGUUGCUCGCGACGACGCAGGUGGGAGCGCCGCUUCUUCUCCCUCGCAAGCGACGGCCCUCCGGUCUCCCUCCCCCUCAGCUCGCCCUCCACUUCCCCUAUCGUUGCUUCCACCGCUCCCAUCUGCCGCCCACUUUUCCCUCGUCGAAACCCUAGGUCUUGUCGCACCGGAUGCUGCCAACUUGUCCUCGCUGCACCGCCCACCUAACCUCGCCGCGCUACCCACUGAUGAGGAAGAGGGCCACCCCUCCUGCAUUAGUUGGAUCGGCCGGGAUCCAGGCCUCCGGCGCUGGCAGCAUCGGCGACCUGGCUUCGACCUCACGGUGCCGCCUCGUCGAUGCCGGCGAUUGCCCCUCCGCUGCGUACGUCCAUGCAGGCAUGAUGCCUGGCGGGCAAGCAACCAUCGAUAGCACCAUAGAAGGACCAACUCCAAUAGCCACAUCGUGCAAGCUUGCAAGGGCCGCCCCUCCUACGCUACUUGGACCCACGAGGUCCCAGGCCUCCCGUGCUACUUCACUGCCCAUCGACAUCGGCAACCCAAGCUCAACCUCGCCGCGCCGCAGUCUAUUCCACGUCAGUCACUCUGCCAUUGAUGGCACCGUAGGUAACCCGAUGCCGACAUCCACAUCCCGUAGGGUAAGCUUAAUUGGACUUUUUAUUCAGUUGUGGAUGCUAUGGCAAAAAGUGUUGCUAUGCUAUGGACCAUAGCUUUAUAUUUUUCUAUCAAUGAAAUUCAUAGCUAUACAAAAUUUAGAAUUUUUAAAUUUAUUGCAACCAACUGUGACAUGUGAUGAGAUUGCAAUGGCUACUGGAGGCGGACCCUGGACUAAUAUGAUAUCUGAUGAGUGUGAUAUUGAUGCAAUCUCCUUGUCAAGUGGCUUUCAGUGGACAUUUGAUGAUCCUGAGAACCAAACCAAGGUUGCAAAAGUAGCUCCGAAAAGGGCAGGCAAUUACAAUCAUGAAGUGGACAUCCAAUUGUGCGUGUCAUGGGAAAACAUCAGCACUGAUCCUAUCAUUGGCUAUGAGCAGUCAGGGAGAGCAUAUUGGAAAAGAAUUGCAGAUCAUUAUCAUGCCAACAAGACCUUUGAGUCAGAUAGGAAUACCAACUCACUUGAGCACCGUUGGAGUGCCAUUCAAAAGGAGUACCAUAAGUUUCAAAGAUACUAUGAUGAGGUCGAGCGUUGCCAUCCAAGAGGCAUACCAUACAAGGAGAAUAUCCUUGAAGCAUAGACACUAUUUGCAAAGGGGCCACUGAAAAAGUCAUUCCAAUUCCUUCACUGUUGGCUCAAGGUGAGGCAUUGUCAGAAAUUCCAAACAAUGGAGAACAAUAGAAAGUCACAGAGUAACAUGUCUUCUAAUGGAGCUACUGAAAGGGAUGAUGGAAUGACAGUGGCUGAAGUUAUUCAACAGAACCAAACCCAAACAAGAGGCCACCCGGAAGGAAGGAAGCAAAGGAGAGGUUGAAGAUAGGAGGUGAUUGUUGGUGGAGAGUGCCUCCGGAACGGACGAACACUACAACAGUCAGGAAAUGCACGCACAGACAACUCGGAGUUAGCACAAAGGCUUCGCACGAUUAAGUGGAGUUCUCUUUUUCUAUUCAAUGUUCCCCAUCAAUGUACAUCGAUCAGGUAUUUAUAGGUGACGGUUCACCUACCACCUUCCGUUAUUACACUGUAAUGCCCCCUAACAACUAUAUUCCCGGAAUAUUCCAAGGACACAACCGUAUUUUUACAUUACACAGUAGAUCACAGUCGGGCCCUUACUGUUUAUUGGGCCCCGUCUCGUACAUCAUCAUUCGGUGAGCUUGGCCUUCGCGGCAUCCGACACGAUCGCUUCCUGAUGCCUAUCUUCGCUACCCUCCGCCGUUGGACCUUGGUCAUUGCCUCUCUUCGCUCGCCUUCGUCUUCGUUGUUUGGACCUUGGUCUUCGACUCUCUUUGCUUGCCUUCGUCUUCGCUGUUUGGACCUUGGUCUUCUCCUCUCUUCGCUUGCCUUCGUCUUCACUGUUUGGACCUUGGUCUUCGCCUCUCUUCGCUUGAAGCCCGAGGCCCUUCGCUCACUCGGGAUGCUGAGCCGGCAGAAGACCUUGUCAUUGGACCCGAAAUGGUCCACGGGCUUUCGGUCGAUGGCCAAAGGUGGCGUCCCCAACAGUAGCCCCUCGGAGUCGUCGCCCAUCCUUGGAGGGGCGAUGACUUCGACUUCUUCUUCCGAAACGCCACCCUUCAGGUCUCGACCGAUCGCUUCGCGGUCCGGCGAGGCCUGAGUCUCUUCGAUUUGCCUGUUAAACAACGGACCAGAGAUCGAGGUGUCAUAAAUGUAUUAAUGAAUAAUUUAAAUGAGUUCAGCCCGUCGAACGAGGCGUCCGCUGCGAAAUGCCGACACUGCCCCUCCAUACGCGCUCACUUUGCGAGAGGCUUGGAGGGCAAAAAAGGACUCUGCACGAUCCCCCCCUUAUAUAAGUGAGGGCGCGCAGACGGGGAGGGCACGCUCCCAUUGGCUUCCUGUUCUGAACUCUCUCGCUUUCUUCUGCCUUGGUGUCUCUUCGGCGUGCACUAGCGCAGCUUCUUCAGCUUCUCUCACUUCGCUAACACCACAGUGACCCCGUCUGACCCUGUCAUGGCUCGGAAGAAGAGCAAAGCCCCACCUGCCACCUUCUUCGGGCCGACGAAGAUGACACUACCCAUGUUGGAAGACAUGGAGAAGAGAGGGGUUCUCUCUCCUGGCCUCGGGCGGGUUCCACCGAAGACGGACGUCUACGCGAAGCCCCAGGAAGUUGAGGUGGUCAUCUUCAAGGACUUCUUUCUGGGUGGGCUUCGCUUCCCCCUCGACCCCGCUAUCGUCGUCAUCUUCGUUCGGUAUGGUGUUUUUCUACAUCACAUGACACUGAACUCCUUCGCUCGGAUCAGCCUCUUCAUGUGGCUAUCGAAGACGUGCCGCCUCACUCCCACUCCUGAUAACUUCACUCGGGUGAUGCGAGUACACUAUCAACUGAAGACUAUCUUUGUCCGAGGAUCCAACGGCAAGUCGACAGAGAUGGAGCCCCAGUAUGGGUGCUACACCUUCGUGUUCCAGCAGACCGCUCCCAGCCUCGUGGGGGUGUCGAAGAACAAGUGGCCAGGGGAUUGGUCUUCGUUCUGGUUCUACCACAAGGUUCCCCUCGAUCCGGAGAUGAAGCGCCAUCCUCUGGUUGUCCGGAAGCUUGGCAAUUUGGGCGACACCCCAAAGGUGGACGUGGCCCGCAUCCCUGCCAACGAAGCGUACCCGGGCAUCCUUCGCGGGGUGUCAAAAGUGCUAAGCAUGCGAGACAUCACGGAGGAGUUCGUCGCAUGCAAUUGUUUCCCCGUGAGGGAAAACUGGACCGUGUCAUCCUGGGCUCCGUCGGAGAAGGAAGUUUACGGGCUUCCAAUGCCCAACUUCAGCAAAGUCUUCGGACUUCAGAAAGAACGUAAGUUUUUUUCGAAGGCCUUAUAACUUUUGUCUUCGGCCUGCAGAAAUUGAUGCAGCAGAGGUGGAGGCCUGCGCCGACGAAAUCCUCGGUCCCGUGUCUGGGUCUGAGUAUGAUCUGCUGCAGACGAAGCUCGGUGGCACGCGGGGCAACCGGGUUUUCUCGUUCUUUGAGAUCGAGGCCCCGCAGCGCUCCGCCGAAGCCCAGAUUGCCACUCAGAAGGUAGCGACCAUAGCUGGAGGCGCGGGCGGCUCCACCGCUGCGCUUGAGAAAAAGAAAAGGAAGAAAGGUGGUUCUGGCCCGGGUGGCGCGAAGCGGUCGAAGCUUCUCGACUUCCUUUCAUCGUCGCCCCUUCGCAGUGCUGGGGAAUCUGAGGAUGAUGGGGGCAAGGGAAGCCCCAUUGCCGCCGCUUCGCCUCCAAUUGCCGCUCAGCCUAUCACGGUCGCCGCUCCACCACCGAAGCCCUCGCUAGCUCUAGAGUACAGCGCCAUGGAGCCAGACAGCGAUGACGAACUCGCCCUGGAGAUCCAAUCUGUCUUGGCGGCUACGGAGCCCCAUGUGACAACCUCGGCCGCAGCCCCUUCGUCCCCCAAAUCGACAUCGAAGUCUUCGGAUUCAUCGUCGUCGUCAAGCGGCGAAGAUGUCGAGGGGCAUGGGUCUGGUCCCCAGAAGCAAGCCAUUGCCCCAGACGCAGGCACCACUGGUGCUGUCGGUGAGGGCGGUCAACUUCCACCCGCCGGGUCCUCCAUCCGAAGGCCCGCGAUGUUCACUUCGACGGAAAGCAGCAGCUACCACGUGAGCACCUCCGACCCUGUUGAGGUGGCUGCUGUUCUCGGGAUGCCGCAGGUGAAGCUGAUCGGGGGCAAUAUCGGUGGUAGCCUCCGAUUCUCCAGCAGCGAGUGGGAGAGGAGGUUUCUCACCGAAGUUGGCUCCUCUUUCGGCUUUCCCCUCAUGGAGAGGCGCUUGAUGGCCACCGGGGCGAGCCAGAUCUUGCAAGACGUCGAAGACCUCUCCUUAAAGGCCUUCGUCGCUUCUCGCUGCACCUCCCGCCAAUUGAAGAUUGACCACGAGCGGGCUUCGCAGUUUGCGGUAAUGGAGGAGCAUGUGGCCUCCGUGGAAAAAGAGAAAGCAGCUCUCGAGGAGGCCCUCGUCGCCGCGCGCUCCGAGGCGAAGAGCAACAAAGAGGCAGCCGAGGCCGCUCGCCGGGACGCGCUCGCCGCGGAGGAGGCCAAGGCCAAUGCCGAAAAAGCCAAGACUGAAGCCGAAGAGGCGCGAAAAGUUGCCGAAGACCAGCGUGCCCACGGGAAAGAUGUUGUCCAGCGAUGGCGCACCGCUAUCAGCUCCUUCGCAGAUUUGGUGCAAACUGAUAUGCACGGCCUGCUCGGGAAGUUUGCUCUUGACCCCCCGGAGAUUUCGCAAGAAGAAAAUGUCAAGGUGGCAGAGCUCUUCCGCUGGAUCUACGCCUCCUUGGCGAUGGCCAGAUCUGGCACGGACGUCAAGUGCGAGCUGUCCGCAACGGUUGCAGCGCGCACACUUAGUGCCGUCGUCUGCCAUUUGCUUCCAGCGGAGAGCAGCGGCUCUUCAUCUAGCAUUGUGAUGGCUCAGCUGCGGCUUCUUCGGGAUGCGUCCUUCGAGUGGCCUUCGCUAGACUCCCUGCGCCCUGAAUCCCUCCCUACUUUGCCGAAGAACAUCGCCAAGAACUUCGCAAAGUACUUUCAUGAAAAGGGGCGGGGACUCGUUGAUUUGGAACUGGAGCGCAUGAAAGAACAGGUACCAGCUUUGUGUUUUUCAAAGUUCACUUUUUGUUAUCUUCUUCAGGUAGCCUCUCAUGCCAUAUUUCAAUAUAAUGUUUAGGCGAUUGAUGACACACACAACACUUGGACUAAUAUGAUUGUUAAGAUGACCAUUCUCAGGCUUUUAGGUUCAAGUGA